GUUCUGCGGAGGGCUCUGCGGAUUUUGGUUGCGCUUGGUUCGUUUGGCAUCAAAUUGUGGUUGGACAAGAACAGUGGGGCGUUUGAUGAGAAUAAAAGCCGGCGAGCUUCUGAAUUGCGAGGGAUUUUUACUCGAUUGGGCCCUACUUUCGUGAAAUUAGGGCAGGGAUUGUCCACCAGGCCAGACAUCUGCCCCCCCGAGUACCUUGAGGAGCUUUCUCAACUUCAAGAUGACCUACCAACCUUCCCAGAUGCAGAAGCAUUUCUGUGCAUUGAGAAGGAGCUGGCACUGUCGCUUGAUUCCAUUUUCUCAUCAUUAUCCCCAUCACCCAUUGCAGCUGCAAGCUUGGGUCAAGUUUACAAAGGCAAACUCAAGCGAUCUGGUCAAGUGGUUGCUGUAAAGGUGCAGCGCCCUAACAUCGAAGAAGCUAUUGGACUUGAUUUCUACCUGAUAAGGAGCUUAGGAUUUCUCAUAAAUAAAUAUGUUGACUUCAUCUCGAGUGAUGUCGUUGCCCUUAUAGAUGAAUUUGCACGCAGAGUUUAUCAAGAGCUUAACUAUGUACAGGAAGGACAGAAUGCUAGGAAGUUUAAAAAAUUAUAUGCUGACAAGGAAGAUGUCCUUGUCCCAGACAUAUUCUGGGAUUAUACAAGUGGUAAAGUCUUGACAAUGGAGUGGGUUGAUGGUGUGAAAUUAAACGAGCAGGAAGCUAUUGAGAGUCAAGGGCUGAAGGUUUUGGAUCUGGUAAAUACUGGCAUACAGUGCAGCCUCAGACAGUUACUUGAGUAUGGAUAUUUUCAUGCAGAUCCUCAUCCCGGUAAUCUGCUAGCGACAUCAGAGGGAAAGCUUGCCUUCCUAGAUUUUGGAAUGAUGAGUGAGACUCCUGAAGAAGCAAGAUGUGCAAUAAUUGGACAUGUUGUUCACAUGGUGAAUCGGGAUUAUGAAGCUAUGGCUCGUGAUUAUUAUGCAUUAGACUUCUUGUCACCUGAUACUGAUGUUUCUCCAAUUGUGCCCGUACUUAGGAAUUUCUUUGACGACACACUUAAUGCAACUGUGAGUGAACUAAACUUCAAAACAAUAGUAGAUGGUUUGGGUGCAGUAUUUUAUCAAUAUCCAUUCAAUGUCCCGGCAUACUAUGCAUUAAUUUUGAGAUCGCUUACCGUACUGGAAGGCUUAGCACUGUAUGCAGAUCCAAAUUUCAAAGUUCUGGCUGCUUCAUAUCCAUAUUUUGCUAAAAGGCUUCUGACAGAUCCAAAUCCUUAUCUGAGAGACGCUCUUAUCGAGUUGCUUUUUAAGGAUGGGAAGUUUAGGUGGAGUAGACUUGAAAACCUGUUGCUUCAGGGAAGAAAAGAUAGAGACUUCUCUGUAAAAGAUGCCCUACAGCCUGUGCUGAAGCUUUUGUUGGGUCCUGAUGGCGAGGGUCUCCGAGUUUUAGCUAUUAAGGAAGCUAUUCGUGUGACCGAAGCUUUUGUUUUAGGGACGGUCAAUGAUACAUAUAAUUCUAUCCCUGAUUUUAUGAGACUUCUAAUAUUUAGAGACGAUAGUUCUCGAACUCUUGGGAUAAGCAAUGCAGAACAAGAAAGCAUGGUAGAGCUACGGGAUCAGGUACUGAGGAUAUGGACACUUCUCCAAUCUUCUGAAAAUUUUGAUCCUACUCUUUUGCAACCCGUAUUGCAGGUGCUUCAACAGCCUGAGGCUCGCAGUCUUGGCGGCCGCAUUUUCACCGGGAUUACUCAGCGUCUUGCAGCACGGAUGCUGCAGCAAGUACUUCGGGCUUCAACAACAGUCUCUGCUUCCUCAGUGUAACCAUUGUUGAUGCAAUUUUAAAUUUUUCAUAAGUUGGUUCAUGUACCUUUGUUAGUUUCUCUAGUAUUCGAUAAUAUCAAUUCUAAUAUAUUCACCAUUUUUGUUGCAUUGAUAGUGAUAAUAAAUGGAAAUUACCAUUCACUUUA